GGGCCCGAGGCAGCGCGGGGGGUGAGGCGUGCGGGUCCCAGGCAUGGAGGAAGAGGACACGAGAGAUUACAGUGAACCUUGUGUACAGUGUUCUGUUGUAAACUGGGGUCUUACUGAUGAAGGCAGAUUUUAUUGCAAGUCUUGUCACAACGUCAUAGAGAGGACUAAAGAGGUUUUAACUUCUGAUGUUGUUCCUAACACAAAGAUCCAGUCCAUCUCCAGAGGAUUUAGAAAGAGAAAAAAAAUUGAUAAAGGCUGGGAAUGGUAUGUUUGUGAAGGUUUUCAGUACAUACUCAAGAAGCAAGCUGAAGCUCUGCAAACUUUAGGAGUGUGUCCACAGAUGAAGGAUGAAAUUCUAUGCAAUUUCUGGAGACGUUACCUUCAGAAGAGCAAACAGGCAUAUUGCACCACACCAGCUAGUUAUACUAGCAAAGCAUUAUCUAUAUCUGACAUCAGUACAGAUGUGGAUAGCGAACCAGAGAGAAUAAGUAUUCAUGGCUUGUCAUCUUUCUCUGAAAGUGAUGGAGAUUUACAGACAGAAAGCAGCUUUGGACAUGUUUCUUCCAUUGGCAAUGCCUCAGCAAGAGAAACCACAUCUAUCUGCUCCGGAUCGGUAGAUGGUGGUUCGUAUUUACUUAAGAGGAAAAAAGGGAACUUGAGGAUGUCUAUGCCAAUGACACUUUCAUUCUGCUAUAUUGCAUUACUCUGGCUGAGAGAGCCAGUGACAUUAUCAGAUCUCUUAAGGUUUGUUAUAGAUGGUCACAUUCCUUACUUGAAUGCUUUUCAGUAUUUUCCAGAGGAGAUGAAAUUGUAUGGAGUUGAUCUCAAGAUCUUUCGUGUACAGUCUUGGCCUGUAUAUGAAGAUGUGCAUAACAAGAUGUCUGAACUUGCAGCGUUUUUAGAUUUGCCUUGUUUUCCAGCUAUAACUGAUAGCUGCUUUCUUCAUCCAAACAUCUUGUGCAUUAAAUAUCUGAUGGAAGCCAACUUACCUGAUGAAUUGCACAAUUGGACUUGCAGAGUGGUAAAAAAGAUCAAUGUUGGAGAAACAGACUUUCUGACACUUGAUCCUGUGAAUAAAUCAACAAGGAAAAUAAAAUAUGAUGUUCUUGCUGCAGCCAUCAUUAUAGUGGUGCUCAAAUUACUAUUUUUACUAGAUGAUCAGUAUGAAUGGUUAAAUGCAAACUUUGCUGGAAAAAGAAAUCACAAGAACAAAGAAGGCUGCCUGUGGUUUGAUUUCAAAAAGUGGUACAAGAUUAUAAAGAAGUCUGUGGAUGUGGAACAGAAGAAAUUAGAUGAAGAAAGAGCCCGGUGUCUGUGGAAAUGUGAAAAACCACUAUUCUACUCAGCCAAGGAAAAAUCUGUAGUUCUUAAGAAAAGACAAAUGGUAGUGAACUUACAAAGACAGUUUGGUGCACUGUCUGGUUCAAUGCAAGUUGCUGAAAAGCAAAGCCCUUCAAGUUUCCAGUUAAAUUGGGCUGAAGAAAACACAGAUGGGAAUUGUUUUCAUGGGCAUAUCCUAGAGGGAGUUUUGCAAGAAAAAGGCAAUUCACUUACAACCAUGAACACCAAGUAUUGGCUGUGUACAGUUAAACUAUGUAAUGAGAAGAUAUGUGGGCAACUGACACACUAUAAAGAAUCAGACUUUCCCCAGAGCUACCAGUUUGUGUUAAACCUGUUCUCCUUCCUCCUAAGGGUACCAGCCUCUCUCAUCCAUGAAGAGGUGUGUUUAAUAGAACACAAACUGUUUAAAACAAAACUCCACAGAAAGUAA